AAGCAGAACCAGCAGACUUCUGUCUGAUGAAACAAGCUCAGAAACACCAGCUCCUGUUGCAGAAUCAGCAUGUGUCUCCAAUAGUUAAAAAGACAGAAGCCGUCUCCGCCAGCCGAGAAAGCAGCAAAGAUAUUUCACAAUGGAUGUAGACGAUGAAGAAAACAUGAGUUCGAGCAGCACUGACAUUAAAGAAAACCGCAAUGUGGACAACGUUCCCCCCAAGGACAGCACCGGGCAGGGCCCUGGGGAGGGGACCCCGCUCUCCAACGGCGGUGGCAGCAGCAGCAGGAAGAGACCUUUGGAGGAGGGCAACAAUGGCCAUUCCAAAUUUCGCCCCAAGAAGAGGAAGAAAACGCCCGGCCCCGUUCUGCCGAAGAACGCCCUGAUGCAGCUUAACGAGAUUAAACCCGGUUUACAAUACAAACUCCUCUCCCAGACGGGGCCGGUCCACGCCCCCAUGUUCGUGAUGGCCGUGGAAGUCAACGGGCAGGUGUUCGAGGGGUCUGGCCCAACAAAAAAGAAAGCCAAGCUUCAUGCUGCCGAGAAGGCUCUGCGCUCCUUCGUCCAGUUCCCAAAUGCCUCGGAAGCCCACCUGGCCAUGGGCAGGACUCUGUCGGUCAACACAGACUUCACAUCUGACCAGGCAGAUUUCCCAGACACCCUUUUCAACGGGUUUGAGACGCCGGUCCCUUCUGACGCUUCCUUUUACCUGGGGUCCAACGGGGACGGCUCCUUUGGCUCCAGCGGGGACUACGGAUUGCCAUCGUCUGCCGUAGCCAGCAGCCUUUCCCAGUCACCUCUGCCCCCACCCUCCCCCUACCCCACGGCCAGCGGGAAGAACCCCGUGAUGAUCCUCAACGAGCUGCGCCCGGGCCUGAAGUACGAGUUCCUCUCGGAGAGCGGAGAGAGCCACGCCAAAAACUUUGUCAUGGCCGUGGCCGUGGACGGGCAGACUUUCGAAGGCUCGGGGAGGAAUAAAAAGCUGGCGAAAGCUCGGGCUGCUCAGUCAGCCCUGGCAUCCCUGUUUAACAUGCAGCUGGACCAGACUCCAUCUCGCCAGCCCAUUCCCAGCGAGGGGCUCCAGUUACACUUGCCACAGGUGUUAGCUGAUGCUGUUGCACGCUUGGUUGUAGAUAAAUUCAGUGAUUUGACAGAAAAUUUCUCAUCUCCACAUGCACGUCGAAAAGUACUUGCUGGAGUUGUCAUGACAACAGGUACAGAUGUGAAAGAUGCCUUGGUAAUAAGUGUUUCUACAGGAACAAAAUGCAUCAAUGGUGAAUACAUGAGUGAUCGUGGUCUUGCAUUAAAUGAUUGCCAUGCAGAAAUUAUAGCUCGACGGUGUCUGCUGAAAUUCCUGUACAGUCAACUUGAGCUUUACCUAAGCAAUAAAGAAGAUCAGCAAAAAUCCAUUUUCAUCAGGUCAGAGCAAGGCGGGUUUAAGCUGAAGGAGAAUGUGCAGUUCCAUCUCUAUAUCAGCACAUCUCCUUGUGGUGAUGCUCGGAUUUUCUCACCCCAUGAAGCAGCACAAGAGGACCAAGGGGACAGACAUCCAAACCGCAAAGCCAGGGGACAGCUACGGACAAAGAUCGAGUCUGGGGAAGGGACCAUCCCUGUGCGCUCCACUACCACAAUCCAGACAUGGGAUGGGGUCCUGCAAGGAGAGAGGCUGCUCACCAUGUCCUGCAGUGACAAGAUAGCCAGGUGGAACGUAUUGGGUAUUCAAGGAGCCUUACUUAGCCUCUUUGUGGAGCCAAUUUACUUCUCUAGCAUCAUCUUGGGGAGUUUAUAUCAUGGGGAUCAUCUAUCCAGAGCCGUAUACCAGAGGAUAGCAGAGAUAGAAGAUCUACCACCUCUUUAUACACUCAACAGACCUUUACUUAGUGGUAUCAGCAACGCAGAAGCCCGUCAGCCAGGGAAAGCCCCAAACUUCAGUGUGAACUGGACAGUGGGAGACUCUGGGCUGGAAAUCAUCAAUGCUACAACUGGCAAGGAUGAGAUGGGCCGUGCAUCACGCCUCUGCAAGCACGCCUUCUACAGCCGCUGGAUGCGCAUCCACGCCAAGCUUUCCUCCAGCUUGCGCUCAAAGAUCCCCAAGCCCAACCUGUACCACGACACCAAGCAAGGAGCCACUGAGUAUCAAACUGCUAAAGAGUGUUUGUUUAAAGCAUUCCUGAAGGCAGGACUUGGAGCCUGGGUGGAGAAGCCCAUAGAACAGGAUCAGUUUUCUCUCACAGUUUAAUUCACAAACUGCACAUCACUUUGGAAAGGGAGUUGUUCUGGAGAUUCCUGGUGUCCAGCAUUGCUUUCUGGCAUCUCCACAGCCGUCAAAACAUCUUUCUGCUCUUUGGAGUUGGGUUUCUUUGGGUUUUUUUUUUUUUUUGUUUUGUUGUUUUGAAACUUCACAGUAGCUGUUUCUGUUUUGCCUAAGUAUUGAAACUCAAUGAUGAUCCAACACAUAAUUGUAUAUUUUGUUAGAGGAAAGUAAUUUCUGGUGUAUUUCUAGAAAUACUUUUACUGUAGAAAACUUGCAGUAAGGCUGUCCUUACUGUAUACAAUGACUCAUUUUUUCUGGGUUAAAAUAAUUUCUUUUUUAAUUCAAUGUCAUCAAGUGCAUGAAGAAAUUAAUAGUUUCUCUAGGUUUUACACCACACUUUUAGGAAGUAGCUUAAUUUUUAAAAAAGCAAAUAGAUUACAAAGCUGAUUCUACUCCUCUGCUAACUUGUUUUUCAACUGCAGAUAUUUUUAGUACAUAGACCACAGAGCCAGAAUGGAGUCUGGACAGCUAGUUUUUUCCCAAUUCCUCGCUCUUUAAAACCAGCUGCUGAAAAUUUCAUGUCUUUGUUGUAUGUAUUUAUUAGUCUGUGAGCCAGUUUUUAACGUGCAGCUUUUUAUUCUGUUUUUAAAAAUACAUUUACCUCCCAUUUAUAUCCAUUGUGAAGUCUUCAUUUUUUUUACCACUGUAAACUGGAAACAACAAAAUAAUUAUUUGUAAGUUAAGAAGUUUAGUCUAUAACAUGCAGCAGCCUGUUUAGAAGUAGGUGAUUUGUGUAUCCCAGGAACUCAUCUGAACACCAUCUGAACUGUAACAGCAAUGUAACAGCUUUAAAAAAAUCUGCUCAUUUUAAGGGCACCAAGCCUGAGUUGCCAAAACCAGUCACUUGUUGGGUAUUAAUUGCUCUCCUCUAGAAGCUCUUGUAACAGAGAAACCAGUUCUUAAAACUUAUUUCCUGUGAGUUAUAUCUGCUUUCAUCCAAAUUGUUGUGUCUGAGAUUCCCUUGCCUUUGGGCUUUACAUGUGUGAUGGGCAUCAUGAAGCUAAUUAGGUAAGUUGCUCUCAAAUGUGUCCCCAUCUCUUUUGGCUGUUCCUUUAAAAAGUGAUUUUCCUGAAGGCGUGGACACUCCUGCUUUAUGUAAAAAUGUA